AUUUGAUAUUCCGCAGAGAAGUUUGCCGGUGAGCAGAGAACAGCACGAAGAGGUUAGAAACUGAAAAAACAGCUAUAUUUUUUAAAUAUUUUGACUAAUAAAAGGUAUUAGUGAAAUGACUGCUUGGCUCCCACUUGAAUCAAAUCCAGAUGUACUGACCAAGUACAUUCACAAAUUGGGCGUAUCUAAGGAGUGGGAAAUUUUCGAUGUCGUUGGCCUGGAACCGCAGAUGCUGGAGUGGAUUCCGCAGCCAGUAAAAUCGAUUAUUUUACUUUUCCCUAUUUCGGAAACUUAUGAAAAACAUAGAGCAGAGGAGCAUGAAAAGUUAUCUGUAGAUCCCGGAGUAUUUCCAGACGAUCUUUUUUAUAUGCGUCAACUUACUUCGAACGCUUGCGGGACUGUUGCCCUUAUACACAGCCUGGCGAACAGUAAAAGCAUCUCACUAGAGGAUGGAAUUUUGAAAAGCUUUCUUGAGAAUGUUAAGGAUUUAACACCGGAAGAGCGUGGCAAAGCUUUGGAAAACGAUAAAUCAUUUACUGAGGGUCAUCAUGAACUUGCGAAAGAAGGUCAAACUGUUGCUGAUCCUGAAGAAAAGGUGAACCACCACUUUGUUGCCUUGAUUAAUAAAAAUGGGGUAUUGUACGAAUUGGAUGGUCGCAAGGAAUUUCCAAUCAAACAUGGUCCCACUACAGACGAAACAUUUAUACAAGACGCAGCUAAGGUUUGCAAGGAGUUCAUGGCACGUGACCCUGAUGAACUGCGAUUCACUGUGAUGGCGCUGUCUUCGGCUUAAUACUGAACCCAUGAAUAUUGUACUCAAUCUGCAUAAUUUCUGUGUUUAUUUUGCGCUUAUUCAUCUAAAAUAUCGAAAAAUUAUAUAAAAAAGCUUUAAAUUUGUAUGCAGAAUUUUUCCAUAUUGCUAAUAUCUUUAGACUGGAAACAUAAAUCUCCUUUUAAUUUGCUUUAAUAUAAAUACAUAAAAUCGCUUUCUACAUAUAAUACAAAUAUUUGUGAUA